AUGAUUACUGUCGAAGAAGUCACCAUCGAUUGGAGAGAGGUAAAGCACCUUGGGGUAAUGAUCGACGACCGGCUCAAUUCCAAUAGCCGCGUUGAUUAUGCUUACGAGAAGGCAACUAAAGCGAUUACAGCGUUGACCCGAAUCAUAUCUAACAAUCCUGCGAUUAGUAGCAGUAAGAGAAGACUCCUGGCCAGCGUAUCUACCUCAAUACUUAGAUACGGAGCUCCUGACUCGGCGGCUGGUGUAAUCACGAGGAGAAAUCUGACUCGGCUCAAUAGGCUGAUGGCCAUGAGAGUAGCAAGUGCAUAUCGUACCAUAACGAUGGAUGCGGUUUGUGUCAUAGCAGGAAUGGACCCCAUAAACAUUUUAUUGGAGGAGGACUGUGAGUGCUACAGACGGCGAGGAACAGCUGGUGCUCGCGUGAUUGCGAAAGCCGAUUUGACGAGGAAGUGGCAGCUGACUUGGGACAGUAGUUCGAAAGGAACGUGCACAUAUCGGCUCAUUCCGAACCUGUCGUUGUGGGUGGAUAGAAAACACGGGGAAGUCAACUUCUUCCUGACACAAUUCCUGUCGGGCCAUGGAUGUUUUAGGAAGUAG